ACUGACAAAAAGUUAAUAGCCAGAGCACUGAAAAGUUCAGCUGUUGUCGAGCUGGACUUGGAAGGCACCCGGAUCAGGAGGAAGCAGCCCCUGGGCGAGAAGCCCCCGGACGAGGACGAGCGGACCGUGUACGUGGAGCUACUUCCCAAAAAUGUCAAUCACAGCUGGAUCGAGAGGGUGUUUGGGAAAUGUGGCAACGUCGUGUACGUGAGCAUCCCACACUACAAGUCUACGGGGGACCCGAAGGGAUUCGCCUUCGUGGAAUUUGAGACAAAAGAACAGGCAGCAAAAGCUAUUGAGUUUCUUAACAACCCACCAGAGGAAGCACCAAGGAAACCUGGGAUAUUUCCUAAAACAGUGAAAAAUAAGCCCAUUCCUGCCCUGGGAGUCGCUGAAGAAAAGAAAAAGAAGAAGAAGAAGAAAGUCCGGGUGAAGAAGGAAGACGGUGUCCCGGCCAAAGAGGCGACCGUGGACACAGGCAAGGAGAGCGGCGCCUGCGAGGUGAAGGGGCCCAGGGCCGCGUCGGACGGCUCCGAAGGGGAGGGCGCCGAACCCCAAAAGCCACCCUCAAAGAAGAAGAAAAAGCGGGUUAGAGCUGAAGCGGCCGGUUUGCCUUCGGGGCGAGCAGAGAAGAGGAAGCGAAGCAGCUCCGAGGACGCGGGGUGUCCGGCUCCCAGGUCCAAAGUCAGGAAGACGGCCAAGAAGGACAACCCGGAAAAAGCCUCCCAAGUGUCCAAAGAAAACAAAGAUCUGGAAGUCUCCACUGAAGAGGAAAAGGAAGCGGGAGACAUAAAAGACGGGUCGCUCCUGAAGGCAAAGAGGAAGCACAAGAAGAAGCACAAGGAGAGGCACAAGAUGGGCGAGGAGGUGAUCCCCCUGCGCGUGCUGUCCAAGAGUGAAUGGAUGGAUUUGAAAAAAGAGUAUUUAGCCCUGCAAAAAGCCAGUAUGGCUGCUUUAAAAAAAACAAUAUCCCAAAUGAAAUUGGAGUCAGAAAUGGAAAUAGACCACGGAGUAACUGAUAAGCCUGGACUGAAAAAUGAAAAAACAGCAGCGGGCAGUGAGGAGGGCCGUCCCCCGGAGAAGGCGCAGGCGGCGGGGCCGCAGUUCACGGCCGGCGUGAUUGUGAAGAUCGUCAGCCCCGAGCCCCUGCCCGGCAGGAAGCUCGUCAGGGACACGCUGGCCACCAUCUCGGAAGUGGUGUACGUGGACCUGCUGGACGGAGACGCCGAGUGCCACGUGCGGUUUAAGUCUCCCGAGGAUGCUCAAGCCGCCCUGAGCGCGAGCGCGGACCUGCAGAAGCAGCACUGCUGGAAACUCGAGGUUCUCGCUGGUGACCAUGAACAGAGGUACUGGCAGAAGAUUCUGGUCGACAGGCAGGCCAAGCUGAACCAGCCCCGCGAGAAGAAAAGAGGCACCGAGAAGUUAAUCGCCAAAGCUGAAAAGAUUAGACUCGAAAAGACUCAACAAGCAAGUAAACAUAUUAGAUUUUCUCAAUAUAAUUGAAAAGAUUUUCACUCACCUCUUAAGAGUUCACUGGAUGCUGGAGCUGUUCUGAAGAAACCCAUUUUUAUUAUGCUAGUAAUGCCUGAUGAAUGUUUUUUUUAAACCCACAUUUAUCUAAAAUAACUUGUAAAUAAGAUUUUUUUUCUAGAGACAAGUACAUUGUAUACUAGGAUUUUUUCAUUAAACAUUUUAUUUGUUGAAAUGCUCGUACAUAAAUCAACCUCAUUGAUUUAGUAAAUAAAUGCUUUGAACAUUAUCAUUAA